CCUCACAAAACACACGGCAAGGGCUGCCCAUCGACGCCCGCCGACAGCCGCCGAGACGCACCGGUCCACGCCCGUAGCCCCAUAGCUGCGGCAAAAGCAAGCCGCGCCCGCCCGACGCGCCAGUGGCACACUCACAUACACCAGAGACACCAGAGACAACACCAGCAACACCGCGAAGAUGGCCUUCAUCCAGCAGAAGGCCUCGACCAGCCGGGUCAACCCGACGCAGGACGACGAGCAGGUCCUGGAGGCCUUAGUAGGUUUCGACACCGUCUCGCAAUCAACAUUACUCUUAAAGAAGAAGAAGGAGAUGCACCAGGUCGACGACCGGUUAGAUGACGCCAAAGAUGACUACCGACGAAGGGGCGACGCCUGUGAAUUGCGGCGGAAAGAGUUCGAAAAAAGACAAGAGGAGAUGCGGUCGCAAGUUUCCAGAUUUGAGAAGUUCGUCCAAGAAAACGACGCUAAGAGAAGUAGAGCGGAGGCCAAGGCCAAGGGCGAGAAGCGCAUGUUCCUCCAGAAAGUUCAGGAGCAGAAGAGGGGCGAAGAGGAGUUAUCGAGGUUGAAGGUCGAGAAGGACAAGCAGGCCUUGAGACUAAAGAAGCUGUCGUCGUAUCGCGAGUUUUUGGAGCGGACGGUCGACGCCGCGGGCGAGGACACGGAGGAGGUCUGGGAUCUGCUGAAUAGACAUGAUACGUUGCGGAGCGCGAAUACGGAUCUCCAAGGGCAAGUGCAGGAGGGCGAGAAGGCCGUCGACGGCAUGCGGAGCGAUCUGGAUGCCUUGACCUUGAGUGCGGAGAGCGCUGGGUUGAGUCGUAAUAGGGCAGUGACGGGCAAACGAGGAGCCCUGGAAGGCUUCCGGACGUCAAGGAAAGCGCGCGAGGAGGGCAAGGAGGCCGCCGAGGACAAGGCCAAGGAUUCGAUGAGGGAGGAGGCGCAGGUGGUCAUGGCCGCGCGGAACUUGUACCAGCGGUGCGUGUCGACGCAACGGGGCAUGAAGGUCGAAGGCGUCCGCUUCGACGAAUGGGAGAGUCUGGACCAGAAGACGCGUCUGAAAAGGUUGACCGACGCCUUGGAGUUGAUCGGGGACCGCAUCUCCGAUCUGACGGCGAUCCAACGGGAGCACACGGAGGAGGAGCGGGAGAAGGCUCGGCUCGCCGAGACGGGGCCGCGGCAGCUCUACUACUAA